GAACUGCCUUCCAGACGUGUAUGAGUCAAUAGUACCGGACUACGAUCGCUUCGUGUUGUGUCGUGCCGUGUGUGUUAUAAACCAAAAAAUUAUAAUGGAGGACGUUAACAAACUCACGAAGAUACCUUCGAAGAACUUCUCAAUCGAGUCCAUAGUCGGUUUGAACGAACGCCGAUCCCCCGAGAUCGAUAUAGAGACGAACAUCUCGCAAGACUAUUCGGGAAAUUCGCAUUCCGAAGACGAGGACUUGAAAGUUAGGGAGGGGAAAAUGAGUUAUUAUUUCGAUCGGAGUCGUGUUAAUAAUUUUCCCUUCUUCAUGGCUUACGAUAAAAGGGGUUAUCAGAAUGAGCAAGCAGCGCAGGAGGAUUUGAAGAGGGCCAGUCCGGGCAGCGUCAGGAGUGAGGUGGACAGCGACGGAGUUGACGAAAGACAGCACGAAUCCUUGAGUCCGCAGUCAGAACAGAUCGCGAACACAACGUCCGCCCCAGACCCGAAUAUACGAAGAUACCGGACGGCGUUCACGAGGGAACAGCUCGCGAGGCUGGAGAAGGAGUUCAUGAAAGAGAACUACGUCUCCCGACCGAGGAGGUGCGAGCUUGCUGCCCAGCUUCAGCUACCAGAGUCAACCAUCAAGGUAUGGUUCCAAAAUCGAAGAAUGAAAGACAAAAGACAGCGUAUCGCAGUGGCGUGGCCUUACGCGGCGGUCUACAGCGAUCCUGCGUUCGCGGCCUCAAUCCUCCAAGCGGCGGCGUCGUCCGUCGGCCUCCCCUACGGCUAUCCCAAUCCAGCACUAAUCCCGCCGUUCCACAACCCGCAGCUUCUACCCGCGGGAUAUCCCUACCCCUAUCCCCCCUACCCCCGGUAUCCGUACAUCCCGAACCAGUCGUCCCCCGUCAACGAGCCCACAAUAAGGCCUACCUAUCCCAAUUUCAAUUUGAAUGUCGACAAAUAAGUUUUUAGUUUAGUUUUCCAUUCACAUAAUAAUAUGAUGUAAAUAAUAUUUUUUUGGUUUUAUAAAUAAUUUAUUGAUGUGCUGGCCAUGUUUUAUGUGUAGUCUUAGAGUUGGACGUAAAAUAUUUUGAGUUCGAUUUCAAAACUAUUUCUUUCUUUGUCAGUAUUAAAAAAAAGUCUAGCUAGGGUUGUACGUAGCUGAAUUGUAAAUUUUUAAAAGACACGAUUCAAUUUAUUAAUUAUAAGAAAUGUAAAUGAAAAAGACAUUAUAUUUAAGUGAACUAGCCCUAUAAGAUAAAUUUAAUACUCAUUCCAAAUAAUGUUCGGUUUUUUUUUUAAUUCUAGCUCAUUAAGCUUCUUAAACUAUACAUUAAAAGCUUUUUAUUCGCAUUGUAUAUGUUCAGUAAAUAUGCCGCUAAUACAGAAACAGUGACUGGUAACUUAUAUAUAUGGGAUAAAUAAAAACACACUUUAGGCACAGUUGUAAUAAGGUCUAUUUUCCUUUUUUAUUAGUCCAUUUGACGACGCGUUUACUAAGGAUAUUUCAUUAUACGAAUCUUUAGUCGCGAAUAUAGGAAUUUGGACGCUUUUUUUAAUUAGCGUAUACUGGAAAUUCAAAUGUAUAAGCGCGAAUAAGGAGCUUUUACUGUGUUUAAAAAGCAAUGUCAUAUCUGACUUAUUGUGUUGCAUUGACAUUGCUAUGGAUCGUUCUGCUUAAAAUAAGGAACCUAUUGAUUUUUUUCUCUAACCGGGAGUGUGGCUAACACUGGCCUUAGCAAGACCAGUGCUUCGCAGAAUCUACCACCGGAUCGGAAACGCGACCCACUGAGAAGAUCCGGCGAGAAACUCAGUGGGCUGUAUCUAUGAGUUAAUUCGCUCGUCGAGCCCUUCGUCGCAAGCGACGGGUUCGACGAGGACGGUGACGGCUGCUUGUGGUACCUAAAAGCACAAUUCGAACUACCAUUGUAUCAGCGGUGUGUGCAAUAAUGAGUUUUCGUUAAAUGAAAAUAGGGUUUAGAAUACAAAUGCGAUCGAACAUAAAACCGACCAAAUAAUUUCAUUGUACAAACCCUGCCCUAUAUAAAUUGCGGUAGAUCUUCCAAAUAUCCUUCGAUUGAAUUGCAUUAUUAUCUUGACCGCCCCACCGGUCUGCUGGUAAGUUUUUUACUGGUGGUAGUAACUCUUGUGAGUCCGCACGAGUAGGUACCACCACCCUGCCUAUUUCUGCCGUGAAGCAGUAAUGCGGUCUGAAGGGUAGGGCAGCCGUUGUAACUAUACUGAGACCUUAGAACUUAUAUCUCAAGGUGGGUGGCGCAUUUACGUUGUCUAUCGGCUCCAGUAACCACUUAACGUCAGGUGGGCUGUGAGCUCGUCCACCCAUCUAAGCAAUAAAUAAAAAGCGGUCAAUGCCCAAUUUAAAUUCAAUUAACUACAAUAUCGCCCGCAAGUUAUAUGGAAACGGUGAGCAGAUAACAAUGUCCUAAGUACAUUGUGAAUUAAGUAUAUACUUAGUUUAUAUAGAUAUUAUGUCAAGGGGUGAAUAGUUAUGUGGUUUAAGUGACAUUUUGAUUAACACGCGACAUUUAUCUUUGUGAUUUAAUUUUGUAAAAUAUCCGUUUUAUUUGGUACCAGCCGUACUCGACCAUUUCGCUGGGCAUUUAAAAUUAACAUUAUUAUUCGUUGUCAUGAUUAUUAGGGCGUCCAACACUUGUUUCAAUAUUAGCCUAUCCAUUAAGAGCAUGUAUUUUCUACAUGGAUACCAAGUUUCAAGUAAAUCGGAUGCACGGUUCAGUAGUUAUAACGGAACAUCCGUAAAAACCACUGUAGAUUUAUAUAUUACUAGCUUUUGCCCGCGACUCCGUCCGCGUGGAAUAGUUACUUUGGCAUAACGCUAAAUUUUACCCGCGACUUCAUUUACAGUACUCAGGAUUGGAACUUCAUUACUGAACCGGUAGAUGACGUUGAAGAAGCUAGAUUUUGAGAUUUU